GACCUGACUGAUAUGGAGGGAGGGAGCCCGCCAACGCUAUAAAGCCUGCCAUCCCACUGGAGUCAGUGAGGACAGUCCCAACCUGCCCGUGACAUUCAGCCACUGUCCUCAGUGCACCAGGUCACAGACAGCAUGGGCUCCCGGUUCCUCCUGGCUCUCUUCCUUGUUCUCCUGGUGCUGGGAUAUGAGGUCCAAGGGUCCCAGCAGCUCCAGCAGGAUGAUCCAGGCAGCCCAGCUCUGCUGGACAAGAUGCAGGAGUCCAUCUCCGGUUACUGGACCUUUGCUAAGGCGGCUGCUGAAGACCUGUACCAGAAAACAUACCUGACCAGUGUGGAUGAGAAACUCAGGGACAUGUACAGCAAAAGCUCAGCAGCCAUGAGCACUUACGCGGGCAUUUUUACGGACCAGCUCCUUACUCUCCUAAAGGGCGAGUAAUGUCACGCAAACCCCAUGUCAGGGGCCAGGAGAAGCGGGCACUCGACCUCGAUGCUCUCGUCACUUGACCAGGAUGGUCCCACAUUCCCCUGUCCCAGCAGAUCUCAUCGUCCUGUUCCCAACUCCAGACCGAAUUCUUUCAGUGAAAGAAUAAAUCAAUCCCAGUUCACUGAC